AUGUCGGCCCUACUUUUCCUGAAAACGUCGUUGAGCAGACUGCCACCCUGUGUCGCCCGGCAGGUUGUCGGCUGCUGUUACCACACCGAGAAAGGUGUUUAUGGAUACCGGCCCAAACAGACAGAGAGGUGCCACAAGUUGCAGAGCGACUGCAUCGCGGCACUGAAUCAAGAUCAUGGUCUUGCUCGUCUGGUGGAGGCAUACAGAGCACAUGGGCACAAGGCUGCUAAAAUUAAUCCCUUACUACCCCAAAAGCCUGUGGCCGACACUGUCCCGGAGAUAGACAUGCUGACCGGCACCAUUAGAGGAAAACUCAACACCUCAGGUCUACGACAUUUUGGCAAAGCGGAGGCUUCAGUGGAAGAGGUUCAGGCCUACCUGGAAGAAGUCUACUGUGGCCACCUGUCAGUGGAGACCAGCCAGCUGAGCAGCAUAGAGGAGAGGGAGUGGUUCGCUGACCGCUUUGAGGAACUCAAGAAGAAGAGUUUCUCCACCGAGGAGAGGAGGCAGCUGGCCAAGAUCAUGCUGGAAUCUCAGGAAUUUGACCACUUUCUGGCCACCAAGUUUGCCACUGUGAAACGUUAUGGAGGAGAAGGAGCAGAGAGCAUGAUGGGCUUCUUCCACGAGCUUUUCUACCAGUUCGCCCACAGCGGAGUCACUGACAUUGUCAUCGGCAUGCCCCACAGAGGCCGACUCAACCUCCUGACAGGCCUGCUGAAGUUCCCACCCGAGCUCAUGUUCCGUAAGAUGCGAGGCCUCAGCGAGUUCCCCGAUACCUCCCCUGCCAUCGGGGACGUCCUGUCCCACCUCACCUCCUCAGUGGAGUUGGAUUUCGGAGCUGGACACCCUCUCCAUGUGACCAUGCUGCCCAACCCAUCUCACCUGGAGGCGAUCAACCCCGUGGCUCAGGGCAAAACUAGAGCCAGACAGCAGCUCAGGAAAGAAGGAGAUUAUUCACCUGAAGACAACGCCCAGCCGGGGGACCAUGUCGUCUGUCUGCAGGUCCAUGGUGAUGGCUCUUUCACCGGCCAAGGGAUUGUUCCAGAAACUUUGACCCUUUCAAACCUCCCUCACUACAGAGUCGGUGGGAGCAUCCACCUCAUUGUGAACAACCAAGUGGGUUAUACCACUCCAUCCGAGAGAGGGAGAUCUUCUUUGUACUGUAGUGAUGUCGGUAAGAUGGUGAACUGUGCUGUGAUCCAUGUAAAUGGCGAUGACGCAGAGGAGGUGCUGCGGGCCACUCGGCUGGCUGUGGAGUACCAGCGGCUUUUCAGGAAAGACAUCAUCCUGGACCUGAUCUGCUACCGUCAGUGGGGCCACAAUGAGCUGGAUGAGCCUUUCUUCACCAACCCCGCCAUGUACAAGAUCAUCCGAUCCCGUAAGAGUGUCCCUGACUCUUACUCAGACCAGCUGAUCUCUGAGGGUCUGAUGACCGACGUUGAGCGCGACGAGAUCAAGUCCAAAUACUACGGCAUGCUCAACAACAAGCUGUCCAACAUGACGCUGUACAGCCCUCCACCCACCAACCUGCAGGGCCGCUGGGGGGAUCUGGUAGAACCUCAGGCCAGAGUCACCACAUGGGACACAGGUGUACCCGUUCCCUUGCUGCAGUUUGUAGGAGCAAAAUCUGUGGACAUACCUGAGCAAAUCCAGCUGCACAGCCACCUUGGAAAGACCCAUGUACAGGCUCGGUUGAACAAGUUGGAAGAAGGGACCAAACUGGACUGGUCCACAGCAGAGGCCUUGGCUUUCGGCUCCCUCCUCUCCCAAGGAUUUAAUAUUCGAAUCAGCGGACAGGAUGUUGGAAGAGGCACUUUCAGUCAGCGACAUGCCAUGGUGGUGUGUCAAGACACUAAUGACAUGUACAUCCCCCUAAACCACAUCAGUCCGCAGCAGACAGCUUUUCUGGAGGUGUGUAACAGCCCGCUGUCUGAGGAGGCAGUGCUUGGAUUUGAAUAUGGUAUGAGUAUCGCACAGCCGAAGCUACUUCCCAUCUGGGAGGCUCAGUUUGGAGAUUUCUUCAACGGAGCGCAGAUCAUCUUUGAUACCUUUCUCUCUGGAGGUGAAGCCAAAUGGCUGCUACAGAGUGGGUUGGUGAUCCUGCUGCCUCACGGCUACGAUGGAGCCGGACCUGAACACUCAUCCUGCCAUAUGGAGCGCUUCCUCCAGAUGUGUGACAGUAAAGAAGAGGGUGUGGAUGGUGACAAUGUGAACAUGGCCGUGGUCAACCCCACAACUCCUGCUCAGUACUUCCACCUGCUGAGGAGACAGAUGAUCCGUAAUUUCCGCAAACCUCUCAUUGUGGUUGGACCCAAGACGCUGCUCAGGUUUUCUGGGGCGGUGUCCAGUCUGGCUGAACUGGCACCAGGAACGUCUUUCAGGCCAGUGUUAGGUGAUACUUUAGCCUCAGCAGAAAGUGUCCAGAAGGUGGUGCUGUGCUCAGGGAAGCAUUACUAUGCUCUGCUGAAACAGAGGGAGACAUUGGCAGCCAACCAGAACACAGUACUCAUCCGUGUGGAGGAGCUUUGUCCGUUCCCACUGGAGGCUCUGCAACAGGAGCUCAAAAAAUACCCCAAUGCCAAAGAGUUUGUGUGGAGUCAAGAGGAGCCUCAAAACAUGGGUCCCUGGUCUUUUGUAGCUCCCAGGUUUGAGAAGCAGCUGAACUGCAAGCUCCGAUUAGUGAGCCGACCUGCUCUGCCCGCUCCUGCCGUCGGUAUCGGGACCCUCCAUCAGCAGCAACAAGAGGCCAUCCUCACUGCUACCUUUUCUUAAGACUCACCACAACUGGAAACUAAAAUAGCCAGUAUACAAACACCAGUACUACAUUACAAACUGUAUCUGCAGUAAUCUUCCCACUAUUGUAGGUAAAUGUGCUCGGCUGCUGCGUGGCAGAUACACGGGACCUUUUAGACGAUGUGGAUUGUGCGGUUUAAAAAUAAAUUGGUCAAUAAUAUAAAGCAAGUGUUAAAGAGAAUAGUGAUGAUAAUUGUGCUUGUACCCUUAUUGUCAGGUUUUAAUACGUUUAUGGUUUUGCCGGCUGUUUUUCCCCCUUCUGUCAUUUGCUACGUCCAUAUUUUUCAUGUGUUCGGUUUUAAAACACUAUGGUAAGUAAGAAUACAACUGCUAAUGUGGUUCAUAUCCAAAUGGAGGCCUUAGAAACGAUGUUUACAGUGUGAUUGUAGUAGAAGAAGCACUUUUAGCUGACCAUCGUAUUCGCAGCUCGUAGUAACCUGUGUCAAACCUGAAAGACCUCCACGUUUCAGGGUUCAAAAUUGUUAAGUAUUGUCAUGCAUUCAGUCUGCAUGAGUUUAAAAUUUUUGUACUGUUCUAAACAUGAAAUAUCAGUACACAAUGUUAGAAAUCUUUGAGCAUUAAAUUGAGGCACUUUAAGUGGAUUUCUAAAUGAACAAAAAAAGUUGUUACCAUUUUGACUGUUAAAUGUUUGUCCAAUCUUGAGUUAGAUGUAUUUAAACAUUUCAUGGUACAAAUUUGAGAGAAGUACUUGAUAGCUAUAAUUAUUUAAUCAUGCUUAAAGAG